AUGGCUCAGUGGCAAGAUAUAAAGCCCGAUCCAUUAUUGUUUGUGUAUCACAUUCAUCAUGGUACUGUGGUUCUUCUUUUAUAUGUGGAUGAUAUUAUCUUAACUGGAAGCUCAUCUCAAUUGAUUGAUGCAGUUAUCAUAGCUUUAACUAAGGAGUUUGACAUGAAAGAUUUGGGACAUUUACACUACUUCUUAGGGUUGCAGAUCACAUAUCAGCCUGAUGGUCUCUUUGUUUCACAAACUAAGUACAUCAAGGAUAUGCUAGAAAAGUUUAUGCAUAACCCUAUGGACUCCCAUGUUGUAGCUGUCAAGCGCAUUUUAAGAUAUCUCAGUGGCACUUUGCAUUAUGGUCUUCAGUUUCAAACUGGAAAGUUGCAAUUACAGGCCUAUAGUGAUGCAGAUUGGGCAGGUGACCCAAAUGAUCGACGAUCUACUUCUGGUCACAUUGUCUAUUUUGGUUUGAGUCCAAUCUCUUGGGCAUCGAAGAAGUAA